AUGCGUCAUAACAAGAAAACUCUUCCCUUGUCCACUAUUCUGUUUGGACAGUAUGAACAAUUUACAUGGGUUUACUCUACCCAACACAGCUUUAAUAUUAAGAGACUGUAUCUGUCACUGCAUAGCUGAAUAUGUCGGCAUGGAAAGAAAAACUAAGGAGCGUUGUUACAGUGGAGCCAGUGAUUUUCCUCUACAUGACCAGCACGUUCAUUCUAACACCUGCAUAUCAACAGAUGAUUAUCAUAAAGGUAUGUCAACAAUUGCUCAAGAAUGACACUAUCUGCAGUAACCCUGAGCACCACAAAGGGGACGAGGAGGUUCAGACUUCAGCCUCCUACAUCCUGCUUAUGUUUAACGCCACCCUCAGCCUGGUCUCCAUCCCUCCCGCUAUAAUGCUGGGCUCCUGGUCUGACCGCGCUGGCCGUCGGUGGGUAAUGGCGCUCCCGUCUCUGUUGUCCCUGCUGAGUGGAGGGUUGCUCUUGGCUGUAGCCCUGUUGGAAAACAUCAGUGUUUACUGGACCCUGAUGGCUGCCGCCCUAACAGGCCUGACAGGUGGCCAUGUCUCCAUUUUCCUCAGUUCCUUCAGCUACCUGGCCGACUUGACCAUGGGCUCCAGCUCCAGUCGCACUUUACGUAUGGCAGUGGCCGAGUCCAUGAUCUUCGUUGGUGGCAUGGUGGGCUUCCUGCUAGGUGGAUUUUUGGAGCAGGAAUUUGGGCCCAAGGCAGCGUUCGAGGCCUACAUUGGCUGCCACGCUCUGGCAUUACUUUAUAUUGUGCUUUGGCUGAGAGACCCUUCGACGGGAAAAAAUACAUGUAUAUCUGCCUAUAAAGAGGGUACAGAUGAGCAGUGUUCUCCGACAGAACAGUCUAGGCUGUUCAUCCUAAAGUACGCCAAGCUGUCUUUCAAAGCAAUGUUCAAGAGGAGGUCAGGGCAGGAGAGACUCAAAUUGCACUUUCUCAUUCUCUGCACCUUCAUAAAUAACCUGGUGGCUGUUGGGGAUCAGUCGAUCUUGCUGUUGUAUUUGAUGUACGAGCCUAGAGAGUUCACAACUGCCCUGUUUGGGGUGUUUAACUCUGUGAGGAUGCUCUUGUUGGGCUUUGGUCUGCUGGGUCUAUUUCCCGUGCUGAUGAGGUGUAUUAAGGAGAUGACUUUAGCAAAACUCAGCGCUGUGUGCAGAAUCGCCUCUUACGUCCUACUCGCCCUCUCAAACAACACAUGGAUGGUCUUCCUUGUUGCUGUAGUCGGUGCUCCAGCUGGUAUCAGCCAAGCAGUGAUUCGUUCUUUGUCUUCUGCCAUCGUGGGACCUGAUGAACAAGGUGCCAUGUUCUCCUUCUCUGCCUCAGUGGAAGCGACCUGCAUCCUUAUUGCUGCUACGAUCUUUAACGGGCUGUACCCCCUGACCCUGCCCACUUUUCCUGGGAUGCCCUUCAUCAUCAUGGCGGUCUUCAUGCUCAUCGUGCUCAUUCUCUUGCAGUAA